CCUAUUUGCCAACUGCUAGUGCAGACGUAGGGGGGUCUUUCUCACGUGCACAAGACUAUACACUUUCCACACAAUGUUAGAAGAAGACUUUCUUCCCCUAUUCUCAUCGCACACUUUUCUUCUUCACGGUCUCGUCUUUUAGACCAAGCGGCUGGGUUCUUCAUAUUCAUUCUUUUCCAGAAUUAAUAAAUUCCACAUUCCAAUUCAUUCUCUUUCUCUGAUUAUGGGGAUAAGGAUUGAUAGUUGGAACUUUUGGAUUUUGGUUUGCUUCGAGAGCAUGGUUGUCCUGGCCUUCCAGAUGGCAUUGUGAAUUAUCUGGAAAAGAUAGCAGAUUGGUAUUUGGCAAUGAUGGAUCUUGAUUUUCUGAUCUUUUGUGAGAAACGCAGAUAGGCUUAACAGUUCUGGAUGCUUAACUGUACGGUGUGGAUUUCUUUAGAGCUGGGUUCUUAAUUUUCAUGGGCUUUAUUGCAUUUUGAAAACAAGAGCUUCCCUAGGUCUACAUCUAAGGCUUCUUCUUAUUGGGUAUGGAGCACCUUCCAGUUGAAGUCAUAGGUAACAUAUUAUCCCGGCUUAAAGCUGCCCGAGACGUGGUAAUUGCAUCCGCAACUUGCAAGAAAUGGAGAGAGGCUUGGCGGAAUCACCUCCAUACUCUUUCUUUCAAUUCCAACGAUUGGACUGUAUAUCAUGAUCUGGCACCAAGUAGGUUGGAAAUUCUUAUAACUCAAACAAUAUUCCAAACCACAGCAUUGCAGUGUUUAUCAAUUUUUAUGGACGAUGUAGAUGAAUUUUCAGCUGCCCCAGUGAUAGCUUGGCUCAUGUAUACCCGGGAUACCUUGCGGCAACUACAUUAUAAUGUGAGGACAACCCCGAAUGUCAAUAUCAUUGAGAAAUGCAGUCGGCAGAAGCUUGAAGUAUUGUCGUUGGCUCAUAACUCUGUAACAGGUGUUGAACCCAGUUAUCAGAAAUUUCCAUGUUUGAAGUCACUUUCCCUAAGUUAUGUCAGUAUAUCAGCAUUGGAUUUGAGCCUUUUGCUCACCGCAUGUCCAAAACUUCAGAAUUUGACCCUUAUUAAUCCUGAUAUUGCCAUGUCGGAUGCACAGGCAAUUAUGGAACUUAACAGCUCUUCAUUGAAAGAUAUCUAUGUGGAAGCUGUCAGUUUAGACAAGUUCAUAUUGGAGGCUGAUGGCAUUGAGAAUCUGCACCUGAAAGAUUGUACCCUUGAGGCUUUCGAGCUUAUUGGUAAGGGUUCAUUGAGGGUUCUGAAGAUUGACGAUGUUAGUGUCCUCCAUCUAGAUAUUGGUGAGAACACAGAGAAUCUUCAGAUUGUGGAUGUUAGCAGCUUUACGAUUAUGUGGCCAAAGUUCUAUAACAUGAUCUCAAAAUCAUCAAAUUUAAAGAGGCUUCGGCUCUGGGGUGUUGUAUUUGAUGAUGAGGAUGAGGUCGUGGAUUUGGAGACUGUUUCUGUUUGCUUCCCUCGGUUAAGUCACCUAUCACUAAGUUAUGAUUUAAGAGAUGUCUGUGGCUUGCAGGGGACAUCACCUUUGGAGAACGUGGUUGUGUUAGAACUUGGGUGGACUAUAAUCAGUGACCUUUUCUCUGACUGGGUAGCCGGACUUCUAGAAAGAUGCCCUAAUUUGAAGAAGUUGGUUAUUUGCGGCGUUGUUUCAGAAGUUAAAUCCUCUGAAGAAUGCCAAGUUUUAGCAAGCUUCACUUCAUCCAUUGUCCGACUGAUGAGAAAAUAUAUGCGUGUAGAGGUUCAGUUUGAGUAUGAAUAGAAGUCCUGCUGACUGCUGUGGUGACUGUUCAAAUUUGGCUCUGCAUGAUUGUCCAACAAGGUACAUGGCAGUUCACGAGGAUUCAUAUCGUCCUCAUACAAGUCUGAAAAGGAUGCCCUUUAUUUUCUGGAUAAAGAUUAACGAGUGCUGAGCAAAUGUAAAUUUACAGAUUGUUUUGAAAAUUAAUUUUGUCAGUUUAUGUCAGGCUUGUAUUGUUUUUCAGAAUACUCAAAGGGAAAUUUCAAUAUUACAGAUUGUUUUGUGCUCCA